GUGGGAGGGGCCAGUCGCUGUGCUGGGACUGUGGAGGUGAGACACAGAGGAGAGUGGAGACGGAUGGAGCCCUAUGGACCCUGGCUCCAGGAGGACACAGCUGCUGUGUGCAGAGACCUGGACUGUGGCUCUGCUGUUUAUGGAGAACAGAGAAAGGAUUUUCCACAGAGUCCAGUGUGGAGAGUCUCACCUGACUGUGUGGAGAAGUCUGCAGUGAGACACUGUGUCUAUGAUUCUUCCUCCUCUUCCUCCUCUUCCUGGGGUCUGGAGGUGAAGUGUUCAGACUCGGUGCGUCUGGUCUCGGGGCCCAGUCUGUGCUCAGGAUCAGUGCAGAUCUGGGACCAGUCCUGGACCUGGGUCUGUGAAGGGGCCUUGGACCAGCAGGGGGCAGAGGUGCUGUGCAGGGAGCUGGGCUGUGGGGCUCCUUCUCUCCUCCAGGGGGCGCUCUCUCCUCUGGAGCAGACGUUCCACUGUGAGGGCCAUGAGUCUGCUCUGAUGGACUGUCCCCGCUCCGGCUCAGAGACCUGCUCCUCUGGAGCCGCUGUCAACCUCACCUGCUCAGAGCCGCUCAGGCUGGUGGGAGGGGCCAGUCGCUGUGCUGGGACUGUGGAGGUGAGACACAGAGGAGAGUGGAGACAGAUGGAGAUCUAUACAAUCUAUGGACCCUGGGUCCUGGAGGACACAGCUGUUGUGUGCAGAGACCUGGACUGUGGCUCUGCUGUUUAUGGAGAAAAGAGAAAGGAUUUUCCACAGAGUCCAAUGUGGGGAGUCUCAUCUGACUGUGUGAAGAAGUCUGCAGUGAGAGACUGUGUCUAUGGUUUAUCCUCCUCUUCCUCGGGUCUGGAGGUGAAGUGUUCAGACUCGGUGCGUCUGGUCUCGGGGCCCAGUCUGUGCUCAGGAUCAGUGCAGAUCUGGGACCAGUCCUGGACCUGGGUCUGUGAAGGGGCCUUGGACCAGCAGGGGGCAGAGGUGCUGUGCAGGGAGCUGGGCUGUGGGGCUCCUUCUCUCCUCCAGGGGGCGCUCUCUCCUCUGGAGCAGACGUUCCACUGUGAGGGCCAUGAGUCUGCUCUGAUGGACUGUCCCCGCUCCGGCUCAGAGACCUGCUCCUCUGGAGCCGCUGUCAACCUCACCUGCUCAGAGCCGCUCAGGCUGGUGGGAGGGGCCAGUCGCUGUGCUGGGACUGUGGAGAUGAGACACAGAGGAGAGUGGAGACGAAUGAGGCCCUUUGAAUAUAAUAGAGACUGGCUCCUGGAGCACACAGCUGCUGUGUGCAGAGACCUGGACUGUGGCUCUGCUGUUUAUGGAGAAAAGAGAGAGGAUUUUCCACAGAGUCCAGUGUGGAGAGUCUCACCUGACUGUGUGGAGAAGUCUGCAGUGAGAGACUGUGUCUAUGAUUCUUCCUCCUCUUCCUCGGGUCUGGAGGUGAAGUGUUCAGACUCGGUGCGUCUGGUCUCGGGGCCCAGUCUGUGCUCAGGAUCAGUGCAGAUCUGGGACCAGUCCUGGACCUGGGUCUGUGAAGGGGCCUUGGACCAGCAGGGGGCAGAGGUGCUGUGCAGGGAGCUGGGCUGUGGGGCUCCUUCUCUCCUCCAGGGGGCGCUCUCUCCUCUGGAGCAGACAUUCCACUGUGAGGGCCAUGAGUCUGCUCUGAUGGACUGUCCCCGCUCUGGCUCAGAGACCUGCUCCUCUGGAGCCACUGUCAACCUCACCUGCUCAGAGCCGCUCAGGCUGGUGGGAGGGGCCAGUCGCUGUGCUGGGACUGUGGAGGUGAGACACAGAGGAGAGUGGAGACGGAUGGAGCCCAAUGGACCCUGGCUCCAGGAGGACACAGCUGCUGUGUGCAGAGACCUGGACUGUGGCUCUGCUGUUUAUGGAGAACAGAGAAAGGAUUUUCCACAGAGUCCAGUGUGGAGAGUCUCACCUGACUGUGUGGAGAAGUCUGCAGUGAGACACUGUGUCUAUGAUUCUUCCUCCUCUUCCUCCUCUUCCUGGGGUCUGGAGGUGAAGUGUUCAGACUCGGUGCGUCUGGUCUCGGGGCCCAGUCUGUGCUCAGGAUCAGUGCAGAUCUGGGACCAGUCCUGGACCUGGGUCUGUGAAGGGGCCUUGGACCAGCAGGGGGCAGAGGUGCUGUGCAGGGAGCUGGGCUGUGGGGCUCCUUCUCUCCUCCAGGGGGCGCUCUCUCCUCUGGAGCAGACGUUCCACUGUGAGGGCCAUGAGUCUGCUCUGAUGGACUGUCCCCGCUCCGGCUCAGAGACCUGCUCCUCUGGAGCCGCUGUCAACCUCACCUGCUCAGAGCCGCUCAGGCUGGUGGGAGGGGCCAGUCGCUGUGCUGGGACUGUGGAGGUGAGACACAGAGGAGAGUGGAGACAGAUGGAGAUCUAUACAAUCUAUGGACCCUGGGUCCUGGAGGACACAGCUGUUGUGUGCAGAGACCUGGACUGUGGCUCUGCUGUUUAUGGAGAAAAGAGAAAGGAUUUUCCACAGAGUCCAAUGUGGGGAGUCUCAUCUGACUGUGUGAAGAAGUCUGCAGUGAGAGACUGUGUCUAUGGUUUAUCCUCCUCUUCCUCGGGUCUGGAGGUGAAGUGUUCAGACUUACUGAAUCGUCCGGUCAUCUCUCUGUCUGUGUCUGACGGGGUUUCCGAGGCCCUGCCGCAGGGGGUCCGGGUGCUGCUGGGGUCAAAGUUCAGGGUCAAAUGCUCUGUGGAGCCACAGUACCCGGGAGGCUCCUUCCAGCUCCUCUCUCCCACGGCGCCCCUCGGUCAGAACCACACCCUGCCCGCUGUCAAUCACUCCGCACACUUCCUGUUCUCUGACACUGGCCCCGCCCACAAAGGAAACUACACCUGUGUUUACCACCUGCAUGUGUUCAACCACAACCUCUCCUCUCAGAGCCCCAGCCUCCAGCUCUCUCUGGGAGCUUCAGACUCAGCCCUGAUCAUCAGAGUCCUGCUCAUUCUACUGUUGAAGCUCCUCUACAUCCUUCCAAUGCUCUACUACUACUGCAAGGUCCGGGCCAGAGGGGGCGCUAGAGAGAGGAUCUCAUUGGACUUAGACCAGUUCAGAUCCACGUGA